GGGAGCCUCUCACCGAGGUGGGAGGGUGGCAGAAGAUGAAGCUGAAGCAGCCCGAUCUGAGCCAGCCUCAGCCCUCGCUGCCCGAGUACUACGGCUUUGCCGAAGAGGAGUUGGACAAGUACUGCUCGGUGUUCAAGGGUCUUCAUCCGGAGGUGGAUGAUCCUAUUGAGCAGGAGACCGACUUGACGGCGAUUAUGGUGGCGGGGAGCGGCUCGGAGCAUGGCCGCACGAAGCUUCUUAGUGGGGUGAUCAAGCCGCAGAGGACCCUCACGCAGAUCAGGUCUACCCUCACCGCCGGCGACCCACCGGUCGCGCCUCCUCGACACCGUCGUACGGAUGCUCACUUUGAGGCCGCCUACGCGGCCGCUUAUGAGAACUAUUUGACGGUUGUAGCAGAGUGGGACCUCAAGAGAGCGGCUUGGGAAGAGUACCAGGAGGCGACGAGUCGUGCGGUCAGGACGUUCUUCCAGACUGGAGAGAGGAUCGCACUUCCGGAAGAGGAGCCACCUAGGCCGGGGCCGACUCCAGUGUGCCCAUCGAGGGAAGCUUUCGCGGCCACAUACUACGCACGGACUCCGGGCACGGGAAGUUCGCGGAACCGACCCUCUCCUGGUUCGUCGCGCGAGGGCACACCGAUGCACCCCGGCCGCCAUUCUCCCGGUGCUUCAGGGUUUUCACCUGCUGGCGAUGGUUCAGGCCAUGGUUCUACUUCGGUCUACCUCGACAAAGGCCGGACGCCUGAAUUUACGAGUCGGACCCCCUGAUCUUAGUUUCCCUUAGCUAGGUGUCUAGCGGGUGUGCGUCGAUCGUGUGUGCCAUGUGUCGACGAUGUAUGAUGAUUAUGUGUGCUACAUGACACAUAUUUGUAUCACGAUGAUGUUGUUGCUACAUUUGAUGAUGAUUAUGUGCUGUGCAACAUUUGUGAUGCAUUUGAAUGUAUAUUACUGCUAUA